AUGCGUCAAGGCAACGCAAGGAUCGCUGGGCUUGAGCGAGAGCUCGGCUUACACGGCUACGAUUAUAACAUCGCGUUGACAUGCUUCUCGGUUGCGUUUACCAUUUUCCAGAUCCCUGCCCUCAUCUGCUGCAAAUGGAUUGGGCCAGGCUGGUUUCUGCCCGGGUGUACUUUUGCCUUUGGUAUUGCUUCAAUCUGCACAGGAUUAGUGCGCACAGCUGGACAACUCUUCGCUGUUCGCUUCAUCAUUGGUGUAUUUGAGAGCGGUAUAAUGCCCGGAUUCGCCUACUACCUGUCCCGAUGGUACUGCCGUGCAGAGCUCGUGUUCAGAUUGUCGUUCUAUAUUGGCAUGGCUCCCCUGGCCGGAGCAUUUGGUGGGCUUUUAGCCUCAGCCAUCCUCUCCCUACCAAGUCUUGGCACGCUGCACGGAUGGCGCAUGAUAUUUGUUAUCGAAGGUAUCAUAACCGUCGGCCUUUCGAUCCUGGGGCUCGUUCUCCUGACGGACCGCCCAGAGACUGCCAGAUGGCUGACACAUGAGGAACGCCAACUUGUGGCCCGCCGCGUCACCUCCGAAAGGCUUCCAGGCACAAUAUUAUUGGAUGGAAUGAGCCGCAAAAAGCUGUGGCAUGGAAUUACCAAUCCUGUGACACUGACCACAGGUACCAUGCUUCUCGCCAACACCGUGACGGUUCAGGGGCUUGGGAACUUCUUGCCAACCAUCGUAUCAACUAUCUAUCCGGAAGCAUCUGUCACCGAGCAACAGCUCUAUACUGUCCCCCCAUAUAUCGUUGGUGCUCUGCUUACGGUAGCCUUUUCCGGCCUUUCGUGGAAACUCGACAGUCGGCAGGCCAUCAUGACCUUCUGUGCGCUUCCAAUUUUGACUGGAUAUGUGACUGACACGGCUCGAAGUGUGGCAAUAGCUACGAAUGUGACAUUGGGUGGAUUAGGAGGAGUUAUCUCAACAUGGGCUUUCUUACCCUUUGACGGGCCCUACUUUCCAAUUGGCAAUGGUCUCAAUUUGGCUACCUCUAGCACGUGGUGCCUCCUUGGAAUCGGGGUAUCUUUCUGGAUGCGUCUUGACAACAGACGAAGGAACGCAAAGUCAUCCGAGCUGGAUCUGUCUGGCUUAAACAAGGAGCAAGUGGAAGACCUCGACUGGAAGCAUCCGAACUUCAGAUGGCGUCCUUGA